UUUAUUGCACCAGCGUUUGCUAAAAAGCCCACAUUUUACACUUCUCUGAGUUCUCUCUCUAAAAUUCCUUUCUACUAUCAACAACCUACUCCUGCACUAUCUUAAUGGCGAGAGAGUCCUGCACAAUUGAGACCAGUGAGGGCAUCAAGCUCGACGCUCGGAUCUUCAAGCCAUCCCAAGAGAUCACAGACACCAAUUUGGUGGCUGUGCUUGUACACCCCUACUCCGUACUGGGUGGUUGCCAAGGCCUCAUGAAAGGAAUUGCUCGUGGACUGGCCAAUGGAGGUUUCCCAGCUGUCACUUUCGACAUGAGAGGCGUUGGUAGAUCCACCGGUAGGGCUUCGCUCACUGGCUUCUCUGAAGUCCGUGACGUUGUUGCUGUCUGCAAAUGGGUGUCUCAGAACUUGUCUGUAAAUCGGAUUCUGUUGGUGGGUUCUUCUGCAGGUGCACCUAUUGCUGGCUCUGCGGUUGAUCAGAUAGAGGAAGUUGUUGCUUAUGUGAGUCUGGGCUACCCUUUUGGAUUAACUGCUUCGAUUCUCUUUGGGAGACACCAUAAAGCUAUUAUACAAUCUCCAAAACCGAAACUCUUUGUUAUGGGAACAAGGGAUGGGUUCACAAGCGUUAAACAGUUGGAGAACAAGUUAAAGUCUGCGGCAGGUCGUACUCAAUCCCAUCUAAUUGAAGGAGUUAGCCACUUCCAAAUGGAGGGACCUACUUAUGAUGCUCAGAUGGUGGAUGUUAUUAUUAGAUUCGUUGAAUCCUUGUGAAUUCUGGCAACCUGAAUGGGCAAUGCAUGCUUCAAAUUUGGUUCUUGGAACAAGUGAUUGCCAUAUGAAGCCAAGGUACUGAAUCUUGUUGUAACUAUAAUGUCUUUGAUUAGUGUUAUGUUGCAGAACCUGGAAAAGAAGAUGAGGGCUAUUGACCAUUUCAUUUGGACAUGCUGCAAAGGGCAAACACAGAGCAAAAAAGGUGUAAAUUUGUCAUGAAUAUGCUUCCAUGAAUCCAAUUCUCUUCUGAUCUGGUAAUUUCAUUUAUUGUUGCUUUGUUUA